UCCGCAGCCCGGAAGUGCCGCGCGGGGCGGGCCGGCACAGCCCAGGCCGCCCCCUGCCCGGAGCCGGGCGCCAUGGCCCCCGGGGGCCCCCGCCGCCCUGCCGAGCGCUGAGGCCUUCCCGCCAUGGCCCGGGGGGCCGGCGAGGUGGCCGCGGAGGGGGAGCUGGGAGAUGACAGCCUGUCUGCAAUAACCUGUGGAUCAGAUACAGAAAUGAAGUUAAAGAAGAAAAUUUUUCAUAAGCCUCCAAAGUCACCAAAGUCUCCAUACAGCUCUAGCAUACAACUGUAUCCUAAAAAAUCUGCAGUUUGUCGGUCUCUUCAGGGAACAGACAGUGCACGUCUUGAGAGUGCAGCUGUAAAAAACCCAAGGAAGAUGUGGUUGGGAUCACUGAAACAAGUUUUUUUUCCAUUUUUGUUGGCAGGAAUGAGCCAUCCUCUGAAAUCAGAUGUUGACAUGGGGCAUAUGCGAACUAACAUUUCUAGUAGCACUCCAGAAUACUUGAAAGAAGCUCUAGGAAUGAAGAAGCCAAAACAUUCUCGUUCUUCUAGUAAUGGCUAUAUUCCUGGAACUCCUGACUACAAGGAAAAAGAAGAUAUGUAUGAUGAAAUUAUAGAACUGAAAAAGACAAUACAAGCUCAGAAAAAUGAGCGAGAUCGAAUGAAAACUAAGCUCCGUCGACUAGAAGAAGAGAAUAAUCGAAAGGAUAAACAGAUUGAACAACUGUUGGAUCCUUCCAAGGGCUCUGAGCUGGCACGAACUUUGUCAGAAAAGACUUCUAAUGGAUGGGUGGUUAGUGGGCUAAAGCAGAAGAUUCUCAAGCUCGAACAACAGUGCAAGGAGAAAGACAACACUAUUAACAAAUUCCAGGCAGACAUGAAGACCACUAAUUUGGAAGAAAUGAGGACAGCUAUGGAAACCUACUAUGAAGAGGUCCAUCGUCUCCAACUCCUCCUGGCAAAGUCUGAGACUAUGAGGAAAAAUACAGAGGGUAGAGAUACCCAAAACCAACUAAAGGCACUGAAUGCUGCUGUCCUGAGAUUAUCUAGGAAUGUCAAGGAAUUGCAAGAUGAGAAUCAGAGGCUGAAAGAAGAUCUUGGUCAUGUACUGAGCAGUUCUCCUCCUUCCAAUAAAACAAGAAAUUACAGUGAGUGGAGCAGACAGAGGCUGGUGAGGCGGAUUUCAGAACUAGAAAAAAAAAUACAUGCCAUGGAGAAUGCCAGGGUGUCAUCAGCAGAUAGUGAGUCAUCACAGGUACUUGCCAUGUCAUCUUCGCCUUCUGUAGACCUGGAUCAUCCAGCCUCUCAACGGUUAGACCAUGCUGAGGAAUGUCAUCAUCUCCAAGGGCUAGUGAAGAAACUGAAGAGUGAUAGGAAGGCACUUCAAAACCUCCUGCUCAGUAAAGAAUCAGAUAUCAAGCAGUUACUGCAGGCAAAGGUUGAACUGGAGCUGGAGCUACAGAAGUGGCAGAGUAAGAUGGAAGAAAACAGUACAGAAGAGCAGACUUUCAGUGAGGAGAUCCAGAACUUGACUCAGAAGGUAGGGAAACUGGAGUCACAAUUGGAGGAAGAGAAGAGACAAAUGGCAGAAGAGGCAAUGGAAAAGCUUAAUAAGUCUUCGCUACCCUGCACAUUUAAAGGCAGAGAAGAUCACAGGAAGGAACAAGCAGCCAAAAUCAUCCAGAGACACUGGAAGAUGUACCGAAACAAGAAAGAAGCUGCUGCUCUGGAUGAGGCAGUUGUUAUGCUUCAGGCAGCUUUCAGAGGACAUUUAGCUCGACAGAAACUGUUACUGAAUAACAGGAUGCAUGAUGCAAAAUCUCACAACGAGAACUCCUGCAUGUCUUCCAUGUCAAACUCCUUGAGCUUGUCUUCUGAUUGCAAGGAGAAAGAUGAGAUUGUGACGUUGAUCCAGUCCAUUUUCAGGGCUCACUUAUCACGUACAGUACUGCUUGAGGAGAGGUCCUCUGUGUCCAGUGCACCAAGUGAGAAAACAGAUUCUGCGGUUUACUUUGCAGAGAAGAAACCAGUCUCAGCAGCACUCCAGAGACCUCCUUCAAUCUUCACAUCAUCUGUUCCUGAUUAUGAUGACAAAGGAGUGAAGAAGUUCUGGAAGAAUUUAUACCAGAGGGGGUAUAGAGAGGAGAUCAUAAGUAUUCAAACUUUCUUUCUUGCAGUCCCUUUUCUGCCAGGUCCUGUGAGAAGCAAUCGCAGCCUACUCCCUCUCUGUCUGCAGAUGAAGCUCACUCAGAUGAUUCAGAUGAUAUCGUUAUUGUCUCUCCGUUGUUGCAGAUGAGGAAAACCUACACUCACUUCUAAGUUUUGGUAACAGGCUCUGGUGAUCUUGAAUUAUUAGAUUUACAAACAAAACUAUUUGUACCAAGAUAAAGCAUAUCAAAGAUGAAAAAAGGGAGGAAUAUCAACCCCUUUUAAUGACAGGUGUCAUUAUUUCAGCCAUAAAUGAGUAAUUGUUUGAUAUGUCAUCUCAGCAGAAUUUAUGGCUGAAAGACACUGACUGACUGUUAACCUUAUCCUCCUGGUACACAGAGAGUUUGGAUUUAAAAACUAAACCAAAACACUUUAAUGUUUUCACAGUGAGGAUUAUAAAUUCAGCUGCCAAAUUUAAAUGAAAGCAGUAAAGCCUUGAACUAUUUCAUGUCAAGCAAAGUUUUGUUUCAGGUAGACUAAAACAAUUUGUCUAAUCAGAAAGUGGUUAAUGACAUGGCUCCAAUUUCCAGCCUGUGUACUUGAAGGGGAACAGCUUGUAUUUGUUACUGGAUCCUCUCUACUUAAAAAUUUUUACUGUGUUAUAUUUUAAUAUCUGUUUUGUUUAUUUUUGUAUUGAACACAGUCUGUGCAGACCUUCUAAAGGCUUUUAGAAAGCCAUUUCUUGGUCAUAAGGCAAUUCUAGGCCUACUGUAUCAGCAGGGUUUUCUUAUUUAUUGCGUUUUCCAAGCGUGCUUGCUAUGGUAUGUAUAGUACUAUUUUGUAUUUGAAAUGUCCGAUCACAUAAUCAGUUUUUUGUAUUUGUCAGAGAAAGAGUGUAAAUAGCAGGAGUGUUCUGUGAAGGAUACCCUAGUGACUGCUGCUUCUCCUUACCUGUCACAAAUAUGAGUGGAUUAUGCAGGGUGAUCUGUAAUAUAUGGCAAUAUUUGACGUAGGAGAUAUGUUGCUUUGUGUCCUGUUUUAGUUUACAUCACUUGACUGUCUGAAACUUUCACCUAACUAGACUGCUCGUACACUGAACACUAUGGGGUUUUAAGUCUAAUGCUGAUCUCUCUUCUCAGUACUACCGUCGCGAGUGCGUACAUGAUAGUACAUCCUGCAAGCACGCAGUAAGCCCCAUCACAGCCUGGGAGAGGGAUACAGCCUAGGGGUACCUGUCAUAAGGUAAAUACUAGGCCAACUGCUGGAAAGCACGGGCACUACCUGCUGUACUCUGAGAGGUAUGGAUUAGGGUAAGCGUAAUAUCCAAAACCUAACCCGUGCAGUUAGGUUUAGGAGCAGAAGUGGUAGGUUGGGUUAUAAUAGAAAUAAAGACUGCAUCCAGAAAUUACACCAUCUGACAAUAUCAUUGUCCACAGAAGAACCAAAACCAUAAUGGGAUGUGGAGAAUAUGAUCAGAGGGGUCUUCCCAGAUCUCUUAUGUAGACUGUAUAUAACUGGAUAGUUCCUACUAAUCUGCCUACAUCUUUCAUGGGCAUUAAAAUGUUUGGGAUUUUUUUUUCCUUUUUAAGCCAAACUAGAUAAAUUAUAUAACAUAUACUGGAAGGAGAACUUAAUUUUACAAACACACAGUGAAGUUUUUGUGGAGACCCUAAUGGUUUCUUUGUCAUCAAAGAGUAAUAAAGCCUUGUAAACAGAAAGCACACUUAAAUAUAAGAUUUUUAUCACCUUUUCCCUCUUCUCUUAAAUUAAAAAUCAGUCACCAGUGUUUUGCUGAAUACUAAUAAGUCAGAGCUGUCUCAGUUCUUUGAUUUCAAUGAAGCACUAUCUGAGGCUUAUCAGAGUUUAUGCCAGUACUUGCAGCCAAAGAGGAAACUGGAUGGCUGCAGCACAAUGCAGCUGAUUUCAUUUAAUCCCAUCAGUGGAAAUGCUGCCUGUGCUAUUUCCAAAGGCAGUUCUGGGAGCUCUCCAUACCCAAAGCAGUCUGAAGAAUGUCAUUUACACUCCCGAUGGGUAAAUUUUUCCUGCUUGUACUUUGGUCACAUGACUGUCAUCUGCAAUAAGAAUAAAAAAAAUAUAGAAAAUAAAAGAAUAAAAGGGGUAGAAUCCUCUUGGCAGAAGCUGAGAUCUGUUUCCCUCCCAUUCUAGAGGGCAUGUUAUGAAAAAGAGUAAUUUUGCUAAAUAGAAGCAGAGCUAUACAGAGUUGUUUAUGUAUAAUAUUUCAGGUCUGUAACUGUGACUGUCGUGGAUACCUACAGAGAGAGUGACUAGAGCUGAGGACUCUGACACAUUAAGGGCAGGGUAUGUAGUGUGUCAGGACUACAUACUAAUGAUAUAAAAUACCUACCUGGCUCUUACUCUAUAGGGAAACACUUGGACAGCAAAUAUAAUGAAGAUGGCUUUCUUUUACUUUACUGUGCUGUAAUAACCAAUAUGAAAGUAUUAGGAAGUAGAUACAGAGCAGAAAGACUUGCAUUUUAACUGAGUGUACGACUGGCUUUAGUGCUGUCAGCAGAGAGGUUCUGGGAUGAAGGGGAGAUAGUAUCUUAGUGUGACCCAAAGGCACAGAUGGCAAUCAGCGUGAAAAGAAGCAAACAUUUUCUGGCAUGAAUGAAAAUGUGUCUAGAGCUUCCUAAAUGUGAGUCUGCUGUCUCCUAGCUAUCAAAAACCUGAUACUUAACUUGAGCCAGGCUUCAAACUCAUAUCUUAGUUUGAAAAAUAACUAUGUGCUUGCUCACUAUGCAUCAGAAGUUUGGUGUGGUACAGUAGAAAGAGAAACCUGCACAGUAUUGGUAGCCUUUAAUGUUGUUUCAUUAUAUACUGUACUGGAAUGUGUUGAAAGGGGUAGCAAUUGACGCUAGAAUUCAUUCUGUGGUUAUCUAUCUGAAUGCCAGCACCUGUAAAUCUGGGAAGAAGUGUGGAACAAUGAAGGAAGAAAAAAUUAAUUUUGGAAUAAUUGGCAUUAUUCCUUAAGAGGAAUAACUGAGGACAUUAAAAAUCACUGUGGCUUAAACAUGUCAAGAUGGGCCCAAUACAAACAUACUCUGUUUCUAAAAACCACAUCUUCUGUAGAAAGCACUGGUAACCUUGUGGGGGCGUCAAGGUCUUGAAUUAAAAUUAAACUCCACUGUAACCUAUGUAAUCUAACAGCACGCUUUCAGUUCUACUGGUAUGGGAUAAUGUUGCCUACUUUAAAACCUUUUGCAAUUUACAGUAGUGUUUAGUUAGAGAUCGAGUGUCAAUAUAGAGAUCUGACUUUCAUGGGAUCUUAUCUCUCUUGAUCUCUUUUUGCCCUGAAGUGCCUAUGCCUGUAAAUCUUUACUGAGGCAUUAAGACCUGAAAACUGUAUUGUUUUCUGUCUAGCUAUAGAAAUAAUCCCUGCACAGGCAACUUUUAAUAUAGUUGAAAUGGAAAAGGAUUAAUUCUGGCAUAUGAGAGCACCAUUAUUUUUUAUGAUCUUUUUAAUAUUUAGAACUGCACAAGUCUUUUAUGUAAUUUAUUUGGGGAUCUUUCAAAAGCUAAAACAAUUGCAAUGUGUUUUCCUCCUGAUUGUUGAACUUCCAAAUAAAGGUUGCCAAUUAAUUGUU